GUUAAAACAGCUACAUUUGUUUCUCUCUCACGCACAAACACGCAAAACACACAUUCACCAUCACCAUUGAAAACGAACACCAAUCGAUCAUAGAUUUUCGGCCUUCCUUUAUUCUUUCCAACAAAUUAUCUGUUCACAUAGAUGUGUUUUCUUCCAUUCUCAUUUCUUGAAAUUUCAUAUGAUUUCAAACCAACAUAAGCCGACAGAAUUUGAAUUUUCCGAACGCAUUAUCAGCCAUUUUGUCCUCGAUUUGAUCAAUUUGAUGUUUCUUCAAUCGGGGUUUCGAAAAUUCUGAAAAUUUUGGUUCGCAUUAGGGUUUUGGAGAACAGGAAAUGGGACAGAAAUCCCUGAUCUACAGCUUCGUUGCCAGAGGCACGGUGAUCCUCGCUGAGUAUACCGAAUUCAAGGGGAACUUCUCAACCGUCGCCCAACAAUGUCUUCAAAAGCUUCCUGCCAAUCAGCCUCGGUUUACGUAUAAUUGCGAUGGCCAUACCUUCAAUUACUACAUCGAUACUGAAUUUACAUACUGUGUUGUUGCAGUGGAAGCUGCUGGAAGGACCCUUCCCAUGGGCUUUUUGGAACGUGUGAAAGACGAAUUUAACAAGAAAUAUGGAGGUGGAAAAGCUUCAACUGCUGCUGCCAAGAGUUUAAGCAAAUCUUUUGGACCAAAAAUGAAAGAGGAGAUGGCAUACUGUGUUGCUCAUCCUGAAGAGAUUGACAAGAUUGCUAAGGUCAAAGCUCAGGUUGAUGAAGUCAAAGGAGUUAUGAUGGGUAACAUUGAAAAGGUUCUUGAUCGUGGAGAAAAGAUUGAACUUCUGGUAGAUAAAACUGACAAUCUUCGCAAUCAGGCGAAUGAUUUCAAGAAACAAGGAACGAAGAUGAAAAGGAAGAUGUGGAUUCAGAACAUGAAGAUUAAGCUGAUAGUUGUGGGGAUUGUGAUUGUUUUGAUUCUGGUGGUUAUUAUGUCAAUCUGCAAUCAAUUGAGGUGCUUUUGAAGCUCUUCUUUUCUCCAAAUGCUCAAUCAAUGAGUUUUUUUUUUUUUUGCAUCUAAGAUGCUUCAUCUACAUGUUGUUGUUUAUAAUACAUUGGUCAAAUUAAAUGACUAAAUAAACUUAGUAUAAGAUAUAUACCCAAUGUUUGGAAUUUUUUGUAUAUUGUAACAAACAAGUUAAGUGUACAUUACUUAUCAUCUUUACUUGGUGUUCCUUUUAGGAGGAAAAGUGUAAUUACAAUUUACAAAAAUGUGGUAGG